GUCACACACACACACACAUGUACAUGUACAUGUACAUGUACAUUGCAUCGCACGACGUUGCAAAACAUUCAUUGCACCUGUUUUGACGUUUUCAUUGCUUCGCUUGACCGGCCAGAGCGCAGCUCAAAUGACGAACCUCCCCGACCCUGACAGCGAUGGGGAAUAUGGAGCGGUACGUGGCAAUGGCGGUCGCUUUCAGCCUGGGCCCGGCUCAUCUGACUUGGUCACCCGGAGAGAUAGAUCUUCCCAAGAGGCGCUCACAGGUCUUUCUACUGGGGCCUUCGCAUUUUCUUCCCCGGCACCUGGAGGAGGCCCAUAUCGCUUUCGAGCGCACAGACACCUCGAAGCACUGUGUGAGCUUGGCCAGACGUGAGGUCGACAGCAUGGCCUUAGAAGCGCUUCCUAUCUUCCACAGAUGCACGUGGGAGAUCAUCCAAGAAGCCUACCAGAACUAUGACCACACAGUUCUGUUGGUGCCUAAUUGGUAUUUCGGCAAUCGCUAUGUCCAGCAGCUGAAGACCCCACAGGAUCUCUUCUUGGAUUUGCCUUUGGAAGCUUAUAACGUGGUGAGAGAGAACGUGCAGCCGGAGCACAACGAGGUGAUGGUGAGACAUGGGCUGUCGUGCCUGGAGUGCUUGACCAAGAGCUUUCCGAGGUUAAAGUUGAUCUUUUGGUGCAUUGCCCGGCGGACCUUAAUUCCCAAUCGCACCUCCAGCGUCCCCUUGGAAGGUCAAUAUCUUCAAGUUGCCUCGCGCUUCCCAGAGAACACCCUGGACCUUCUGCGGCAUUGUGACUGGGAGACCUUCACAAGACAGCAUACCAAGGACAACUGUGGCCACCCGAAGCGCCAGGGCUAUGAGUUGAUCUUUCGACUUAUUGAUGACAUCAGGGGAUGACUAUCAGGGCCAGGUAGGACUGCUCGGAUCUGCUCGGUGGUUCUGGUCGCGCGUGAGGAUCCCGCUACAAGGCCCGCAGUUCAAGUCCAAGAAGUUCGGCUGCAGCCCUGCGUCCAACUUCUUGACCGCACUAUCGAAGUUGGAGAAUGCCCAGCCGAGCUGGCUGUGGUCAUUGAUGACCUCAAGAUCAAACACAAGAAUGACAAACCACGACUAACUAACUGAGUA